AGUGUCCUUGAAACAGGAACCAGCAAAAGAAAGAUCAUCACAAUUAAAGAUCAAUCGGGAUCGAUAGAGAUAAAACUUUGGGGAAAUAUGGUCAACCUGGCCAUGGAUUGUGAACUUGACCAAACAGUUCUUCUUUCCUGUCUAACACUAGACCUUUACUUAAACCGUGCAAGUUUGAACUCGAACCCCUCAACAACUCUAGAGGUCUUGAAUGAAGAAGAACAUGUUAAUGGCAUAAUUGAAGCUGCUUGCUUUGAUGAAGAUGAGCUAUCCAUCCUAGUGAAGGAUCAUUUAUGGAAGAUGGAGGGACACCUCAUGCAAACAAUAUUCCCAUUGGGUGAAUUUUCUCCCAACAUGAUGCUGAAAGCUAUCACCAGAGGAAGGAAUAUUGUGGAGAUAUCAUCAAUUGAACUUGCUGAAGAGGAAUAAAUUGUCAUGACGGAUUAAAAGUUUGCUCUACUCAAGACAUACUUUGACGGACUAUGGUCAAGAUUUUUUUUUUUUUCUAAUUUCUAGUUUUCAUUUCAACUACGAAAUGUUCAGCUACCAUUACACUUUUCAAAGAAGACUGGUUCUUUCAUUUUGAUUUUGAAAUUUUUAAGUAAGCACUAAAAUCUUUGGUCAAUUUUUUGUGAAAUACAAAUUGCCUUUGCCCUUUCUCUGUUAAGGCUAAAAUAACUAAUGUUCAGCUACCAUCAAUCAUAAUUUUAGAUAUUUUGUGAAUUUCUGGGUUGUUUUUUUUUUGUGAAAUACAAAUUCCUGUUGCCUUUGUUAAGGCUAGAAUAACUAAUGUUCAGCUACCAUUAAACUUUUCAAAGAAAACAGGUUCUUCGUUUGAAUUUGCUCUCCAGAAAACAUAAUUUGAUGGACUAUGGUCAAGAUGUUUUUUUGUUUUCUUCUUUCUUGUUAUAAUUUUAAUUUUGAAAUGUUUAAGUAAGCAGUGCUUAAAAUCAUUUUUUCAGAUAUUUUGUGAAUUUUUUGUGAAAUACAAAUUGCCUUUGACUUUUUUGUGAAAUUCAAAUCGCCUUUGUCUUUACUCUGUCAAGGCUAGAAUAACUAAUG